AUGAAAGGUAACUGCUCGAAGGAAUAUCUCAGCUCUGGGGCGUCCAUUGUACUAUCAGUGUGGUUCUCCUUGUCUGGUUUAGCCGCUAUAACUGGAAAUGUCGUUGUGUUAUGGCUGUUCUACAAACACAAGUCUUUACGAACAAUUUCAAACCGGUUUUUAGCCUCGUUAUCCGUGGCGGACGUUUUUGUCGGCCUCGUCAUAGAUCCUGUUUGGAUUGUUAUCAUAUGUUGGAUUCAGCCAAGAGGUCAAAGGAAUUUGUUAAUGCUUACUAAAAUGCUGUGGAUUCAAACAACCGCAGCCACUACUUUGAACUCGUGCUGUGUUUCAAUCGACCGUUUUACUGCGAUUCGGUUUCCUUUUCGGUAUCAGGACAUUUUAACCAAGAGGAGAUGUUUGGCGGUCAUUAUUUUGGUGUGGUUCAUCUCACUGAGUCUUUCUUUUCCAAUAUUGUUCUUUCAACCAGGAAAGGAUCGAAAAGAACUUUUUGUGUCCAUUACAUGUACAAUGUUUUUAGCUCCAUUAUUAGUAGUCUCCUUUUGCUAUAUAAUCAUUUUCAAAGUAGCUAGAAAACAGUUUGGGAGAAUUUUAGCAGCUAAGAAGCUUCCUGACUCAAGCGAAAAUAUAAGAGCUCGUGUCACGCAAAAUUUCAAAGCUAUCAAAACAGUCGGUUUUGUUUUAAGUGCUUGCAUCAUCACAUGGAUGCCCUGUGUAGUUCUGCUGUUGGUUGACUUUUACUAUGCCAAAGAAGAACGAUGUAGAAUUAGGAAAGUUAAAUCAGUUGUAUUGCCUUGGGUUCAGGCAAUCGCUUUUACUUCAUCAGCGAUCAACCCAUUGAUUUACUACCUCAGAAAUAGCGACUUUCGCCGAGCCUUUCGCCGCACCUUCCAUUGGUUGCCCUUUGUUCACGAACAAGAUGCAUUACACCUUAGAGCACAACCAGAGCGAAACCGCUCCAUUCGAAAUGUUGAAACUUGUGGCAACUUAACAACUAAGGAGACAGAAGUCUGAGGACAAUAUAUUCAAGCGUAAAAGGACCCUGCUUAAGAACAAACCUGAGCCUACAAACCUCAUAGAAAGUUCUUGUUCAAAAGGGAGGCCUAGUCUUAUAUUUAUAGUAUAAAUGGUUUUUUUUCUUUGUUUAUAUAUAACAAAAAUAAUAUUUCUUUGUCAUGUUAAACAACGCUUUCAGGGCACAAAACUUCAUUCCCUUCAAACUUCCAUCGCCAAGCAUUAAUUUCUGUAAUAACACUCUUCGUAAUAAAAAAUUCAGACAGUUUCGAUCUACAGAAUUAAGAGGAGGAAGAAGACCAGCCGAUUCUGUGAUCCUUUGAGAAUUGAAAUAUCCACUUUUAAACUACCUUUUUUUAUUUUGUCAUUUAUUUAUUCAUACUUUGAAGAUUUCAUGUGGGUGCACGCUAUUUUCACCGCGUCACCGCUUUAGCGGUGUUUUGACUGAUUACUUCUUUUCUCAUGCGGGCAUGUUUUCUUGCUUCGUCUUUCUGAUGAAAAAUGUCGAAAAAAAUUCAUAUCACAGUGGUGCAAUGACUAGACAUAUUUCAUGGAUUCACUCAACUUAACUUCUAUGGCUGGACCAGUUCGCUAGGGCUGAAGUCUGAACUGGGCUAAGGAGACAAAAGUCUGAGUACAAUUCACGUGAAAAAGGAAUCUGCUUGAGCACACGCCGGCCUGGUGCCUCUCAUAAAGAAGUUGAUAUUCAAAUGGAAGCCUUGAUUUUUUUAACUUAUUGUACACUGAAUUUUUUUAUUUCUUAAUAAAUGCAAGUUUAAAUAAACACGCUUUGAUAAAAAUAAUGUUUCUUUGUCGUGUCAAAGACAAGUAGUUUUUCCUCUCUGCGAUCUCUGCGUGAGAACAGCGUGAAGUCACCAAAAAGUAUGUAUUUUGAGAACAGAAACCUCGAAAGUGAAUUAUUCAUACUUCUGUUUGUAACUUAGCAUUGAUCUGACAUCUUAUAUUGAAGAAAGAGGUCUGGUACCGCCUUGCUUAAGUAUAUCUUAUUAGACGUUUUAGUGUGUAAUAGCGCAGAGUAUUUUUACGAGUUGUGCUGUAUUUUGACGAGCCCGCAAGGCGAGUCAAAAUACAAACAAUGAGUAAAAAUACUCAGCGAUACUUCACACAAAAACUUCUAAUACGUUUUUUAUUAUCCAACUGUUUUAUUUUUCAUGCACUUCGUAUAAGGCGGGAAAAGCGAAGCGAACCGAGAAGUGGUUUGUGACAGGUUUUGGGUUAUGCUCGCGUCGGAUUGGCUCAUGAGACGUCAACUUGUCACACAAGGUUUCAAAAUGAUUCAAAGUUAAAUUUUAGUUUCGAUUGUUGCUCUUAAAUCGUAUACAUUUGAGACUACUGUGAGCACAAAAGUGUUCGUUUAUCAAUGAAAAGUGAUGAAUAAUUUGUCGCCAGUAAGCUAACGAGAGACAAACUCUUACGAAAGCAUACAAAAAAAGAAUUUCCAAAACUACAUUUCAUUUUCAUCAUCCGACUUAAUCACAUUGCGACGACGCUUCGCAGGAAUGGCUGCCGGUUCUUGAGGAGCUGAAGCCUGUGAACUAAGGACAAUGGUACAGUUGUUAAAUACGGCACCAGAGGAGACAAGUGUAGCCAACCUGUCAAACAGGUUUUUUUACAGUACAAAAUAACCAACUGUCCAAAUAACCGUGAAUUAUUAUCCAACUGCAUGAAGUAGAGUACAAAAAACGUGCGAAUAGAGUACAAAUAUCCUGCGAUAUUGCACGGUUAUUUGCACAGUUGGUUAUUUUGUACUAUAAAAAAAAAAACCUGUUUAACCAGUCGACUGUGCACUCUACGCUUCCCUAUCCACUUUCCUUUUCCAGCCUUGUAAGAAAUGAGGAGAAAAAAAGUUAGGUGGAUAAUAAUUAACUUAUUAAACAUUUUGGUGUGUAGUAUCGCUGAGAAUUUUUACUCGUUUUUCGUAUUUUGAUUAGCCCUACGGGCUCGUCAAGAUACGGCACAACUAGUAAAAAUACUCAGCGAUACUACAUACUAAAACGUCUAAUAAGAUAAAUAUAUAUCGCAGGAUAUUUGUACUCAAUUCGCGCGUUAUUUGUAUCUUACUUUGUUCAGUUGGAUAAGCUCCUUUAUUAAUCUUUGUCUGUAACUAGCAAUGGUUAAUCACCUGUCACGGUGCAUUUUGCUGAAGUUUCCAACAAUAGCUGAAUUUCCCAGAUAAACUUGUUUGAAUUGGUCACCGGAUUUAUUCGAGAAAAGCGCGAGUAUUCUUUCCUUUCUGUGGAAAUCCUUAUAACUGCUCCCUUCUUUAUCAAGAUUUACAGAAGAUUUACCAAAAGGGCAAUGCAAAAGUGAAGUCUCUUGAAAAUGACUAAAUUAAGGACUUUUUUAAGAUCCAUUUAAGUACUUGAUGGGGCUCCAAAACUUUCCGUUUAGAGUCAAAUUACUGCUCUCGCUUGGUUCAAAAUGCUCAAAUUAAAUGCUUGAGGAGAGAAAUAACUUUUGGAAUUGAAGCUAAAUACUAGCGGUUGAAAUAACUAUAAGCCGUUGAUUAUUUAUGAGAGUUUCAUUCGAAUUUUUCUCAAGGCCUUGCCAUCACUAAGUACCUGCAUCUCAGGAAAAACAUGUUUUGCUAAUUUUCUGUGUAUCUCUGCGAAUGAAUUAAGACUAAAUUGAUCUUAUCAGUAUAGACAAAAGUAAUCAAGACAUUGAACUAUACGGCAAGAGGAUAAAAUGGGACGUUGGAAAGAUAUCUUUAAAGAGUGUUUUCUCGUUUAGAUUCCGCUUCGUGCCUAAGUUUAGGACUUAACUUCUAGACUUUCUUCUUACGGUCAAUAAACAACUACAUUUCUAAAUCGGUGUAUAUCAUAUGAUAUCAUUUAUGCAAAAUUCAUUGUAUUAGCUUCUGUAACAUCUGCUUUGUUUAAAUACAUUGAAUUUAGGUAAAUUCAUAAAAAAAAUUUCAAACUCUUCUCCAGCUUCUGAUGUCACCAAAUGCCAACAAUUCAGAUGAAUGAUAGCUGUCCAGACGAACAUCUCAGCAGUGCAGCGUCCAUCGUUCUAUCGCUGUGGUUCUCUUUGUCUGGAUUUGCCACUGUAGCAGGAAAUGCGGUCGUGUUGUGGUUAUUCUACAGAAAUGAGUCUUUACGAACAACUUCCAAUGGAUUCUUAACCUCUUUGUCAGUAACAGACUUUUUAGUUGGGCUGGUUAUAGACCCUGUCUGGAUCGUCAUCAGAUGCUUGAUUCAGCCACCAGUACAUAGUGCUUUGCACUACAGUAUGUACAUGUUGUGGAUUCACACAACCACCGCCACAACCUUUAACUUGUGCUGCGUUUCCGUAGACCGGUUUAUUGCGAUUAGGUUUCCUUUCCGUUAUCAGGACAUUGUAACCAAGAAAAGAUGCUGUACGGUGAUUAUUUUGGUGUGGCUGAUUUCAUUAUGUCUUCCUUUCACCGCAAUUUCGGUAGAUUUGUUGGGAAAUAUUGCAAGUGCAGUGCUUUGGUUGUCUUUGGCAUUUGUAACAUUUGUCGCUCCAUUAUUUGUCGUAACUUUCUGUUAUAUGUUUAUGUUUAAAGCUUCACGACGUCAAUGCAGAAGGAUGUUUCCCAACGAAAAUCGUCAAAGCUUCGACACGAAAAACAUUCCAGGAAAUGGUACUAUGAAAAAUUUCAAAGCUAUUAAGACGGUCGGUUAUAUUAUAGGUGUUUACAUUGUUUCUUGGAUGCCCAGCCUUGUCUUACUCGUAGUUCAUUGUUAUUAUACAGCGACGAAUCAUCUCUGUUGCGACAUCAAAAUAGACAAAGUUGUAUGGCCUUGGGUUGAGGCAAUCGCUUUUACUUCAUCAGCGAUCAACCCAUUGAUUUACUAUCUCAGAAAUAACGAAUUUCGUCGAGCCUUUCACCGCACCUUCCGUUGGCUACCCUUUGUUCACGGACAAAAUUCACCAAAUAUAACUUAA